AGAAUCAUCAGAAAGCUAUAUCCCGAGAAAUCCGACGGCUGUGAUAACGACUACUGGACUCUAUCGACGGCCGAGAUAUUCGGAACAAGUGUUGGUUGUUUUCUUUUUCAUUUGUUAUAUAUAUUCUCGCACACCAUCACCGCCUAUUCGGUUUCCGUAAACAUUGUUCUCCUGCAGGCAUCACUGUUGAUCGUUUUGGAAAAUAAUGGCAAUUUGGUUCAGAGCUUUCGCUGUAACACUUAUCCUUUCGAGCUUAUUAUCUUCUCUUGCAUUUUCUGCAUCAAAUGAUGGAUUGGUCAGAUUAGGAUUGAAGAAGAUGAAAUUUGCCAAAAGCAAUGAGUUUGCUUCUCGAGUUGAGUCCAAAAAUGGGGAGACAUUGAGGGAUUCAAUUAGACAUUUCAAUCUUAAGGGAAUAUUGAGCAAUGCUGCAGACACUGAUAUAGUUGUAUUGAAAAACUACAUGGAUGCACAGUAUUUUGGAGAGAUUGGUAUUGGCACCCCCCCACAGAAAUUCACUGUGAUUUUUGAUACUGGUAGCUCCAACCUAUGGGUGCCGUCUUCCAAAUGCCAUUUUUCUGUCCCCUGUUACUUCCAUUCCAGGUACAAGUCGAGCAAGUCAAGCACUUACAAAGCGAAUGGAAAAUCAGCAGCAAUCCACUAUGGAACUGGGGCCAUAUCUGGAUUUUUUAGUGAAGAUAGUGUCACAGUUGGCGACCUAGUAGUAAAGAGCCAGGAAUUUAUUGAGGCUACAAAAGAACCUAGUCUAACAUUUUUGAUGGCUAAAUUUGAUGGCAUUCUGGGACUUGGCUUUCAAGAGAUUUCAGUUGGAAAUUCAACACCAGUAUGGUACAACAUGGUCGAGCAAGGUCUUGUUAAGGAGCCUGUGUUUUCAUUUUGGCUCAACCGUAAUCAAGAGGAAGAAUCUGGUGGUGAACUAGUAUUUGGCGGGGUUGAUCCGGAUCAUUAUAAGGGAAAACAUACAUAUGUUCCUGUGACAAAGAAAGGAUAUUGGCAGUUUGACAUGGGUGAUGUGCUUAUUGAUGGCAAAGAAAGUGGUUACUGUACCGGUGGAUGUUCAGCCAUUGCCGAUUCUGGAACUUCUCUCUUGGCUGGGCCAAUGACUGUGGUUGCAAUGAUCAACCAUGCUAUUGGAGCCACUGGAGUCGUUAGUCAAGAAUGCAAAGCUGUCGUCCAACAAUAUGGCUCAACUAUCCUCGAACUUCUUUUAUCUCAGACUUCACCAAAGAAAAUAUGCUCCCAAGUUGGGUUAUGCACAUUUAACGGGCAACGCGGUGUUAGUGCUGGUAUCGCGAGCGUGGUGGAUAGAGAAGGCAAAUCAUCGGGUGUGCACGAUGCUAUGUGCUCGGCUUGUGAAAUGGCUGUUGUGUGGAUGCAAAACCAACUUAGCCAGAACCAGACCCAAGAACGGAUCUUGAACUAUGCCAAUGAGCUUUGCGAGCGGCUUCCGAGUCCCAUGGGAGAAUCAGCUGUUGAUUGCGCAAGCAUCUCCUCUUUGCCUACCAUAUCCUUCACAAUUGGUGAUAAAACAUUGGAUCUCUUCCCCCACGAGUACAUACUGAAAGUAGGAGAGGGAGCGGCUGCACAGUGCAUUAGCGGGUUCACUGGUCUCGACGUCCCUCCUCCCCGAGGCCCUCUUUGGAUAUUGGGAGAUAUCUUCAUGGGGCGAUAUCACACGGUGUUUGAUUUUGGCAAACAGAGGGUUGGGUUUGCUGAAGCUGCUUAAAUGCUUGCAAGGUCAAGGUCAAGGUCGUUGCUUGAUUUAUGUAUUAUAUGAUAUGCUGAAAAUACUUGGACUUGGAUUAUGCAAGUUGCUUGAUAUUUAUUAUAGCAGCACAUGUGUAUAUAGAGGUAAGCUUUUUAUGUUGGUAGAGAAGGCCAACUCUGCUUUGGAUUCUGACUGUUGCCUUUAAUUUCUCUUUAAAUAUGGAAUGGAUAUUAUUAUAAUGGAA